AGCCGUUACAAAGGAGACGUAUACCAAACUUAAAUUUGAAAGUUAAGUUGUUUGGUGUAUGAUGUUAGAUGAGGGAAGAAGUUGAUUGCUUUAUAACCUGUCCUAAUUUUUUUGUUCGGUAAUUUGUGGAAUGCUUUGUAUUUUAUGCAUGUAAUGGAAAGUUCAAGAAAUUAUGGUCCAUAUAAAGCUACGAAAAUGUGGAAUGAAAUGGUUGAAACAUUUCGAAAUGGAAUUCCUUUAAAAAGACAUCGCCGUCAUAUAAAAGUGUAUGACAACUGCUUCACAGGACAGGAAGCUGUAAAUUGGUUUCAGUCUGUUCUGCAGAAUAAUCUUCAUUUGGGAAGCAUUGUAACACGAGAACAGACAGUUCAACUGCUUAAUAAAUUCCUCAAAGCUGGUGUCUUUCAGCAUAUCAGUGCAUCUACUCCAUUUGAUAUUCAUUACCAGUUUCUCAAGGAAGGGGAUCUGUAUUACUUAUCAGACAUCAGCAGUACUAGACUACCUCUGGUCAAUAAGUCACUAAAUAUUCCACCAAAAACUGGAAUAAGCCAAUGGUCUGUUAAGAACGCAGGUGGAGACAAACAAAAGAACACUACUUCUGCACACAGUUCUUCUAAAUCAGCUGUACCCAGACUUGAUGCACAUCACACAGUAGGUCUACCACCUACCACAAGUUCUAUAAUACAACCAGCAGAGUAUAAUUGGCAUUUCUAUGCCUCAGCAGAAGAGUACAGGCCUGCAUUACCAUUGUCUGACCAAUGUGUUAAGAACAAAACUGAUGUUUGUCCUAGACAAAGUGUACAGUAUGGAACAAAUCACGGAAAAAUCAGUGUCAAUCAGGUUCAUAAAGAAUAUGGAUCAGUUCAAGUCGGUGUCAACAACAUUCCAAAUGUGGAAAACCAUGGUUAUCAUGGUGAAUCUGACCUGCAUCACAACCGUUUAUCUGCUUAUGAGAACCAACUUAAAGGACCUUCUGAAAACUGUAGUAGGAGAUAUUAUGUAUCAUCUUCUGAGCAAGGUGAAGUUCACUCUGAAAAAACCAUGGAGAACAGGCAUCUGAAUCCAGUUAAUUCCAGAAAUACCAACACGUCUCUGGGUUACAAACACUACUCGGAAACUUUUACGACUUUGCCAACAUCUCAGAAAAUUCAGAGGAGUUCAAGUAUGAUACAACCAAAACCAGAUCUCAGUAAGCCUUAUAUGACUAAUGCAAGCAAUGAUUUAGUAAAUCCUAUGCAUAACGAAAAGCUGUCUCAGAGGAGUAUAGAUGAUAUAAGUGGUUUUAUAAAACCUGUGCACUGUGACAUAAACAAUGCCCCUGUAAGCAGAAGGCCAUACCUAAAUGUAAAUAACAGUGCAUUUCCUGGGGAAAAUAGCACAAAUCAAUAUGUAUCAGUUGAUGGAAAACAGAUUCACGAUUAUCAAACGUACACUUCACAGCUGAAGUGUAGCCAGAAUAAUGUAACUACCUCCAAGAUGCAGGAAGAAAAGAAUCCUUUCAGGUCUGGAAGUUCAGACUUUGAUAAACCUAUUAUGGCAGAGCCUCUUCAACUGUCUGAAAUAGGAGAGAUAUGGAAGAAAGUAGUCUUGGCUAGGUUUAAAAAAUACACACCAGGGUUGGAGACUCCAUUCAAGUUUGAGUUGCAAAGCAUUCCUUGUGAAUGGCUUACUGCAAAUGCAUCUAGUGAGGUUCACCUUCAGCAUGACUCACAAUUUCCUCAGUCUUUGGUGGCUGCUAUGAACUGCCUUAUACAUUGGCCUCAGGCUGUGCCAAAUGAAAUCAUAACGGCGUUUAAGGAGCAUUAUUUCAAAUUGCAAGAGCCUCUGACCACAUUUAAAUUGUACUCUACACUGACAAAAGUAUUUUUAUACGUUGCAACAGGCAACUUAGCCAUGAGUAAUUGGAUGGUUUCAAGACAAUCAGAAUUGAGUGCCAGUGGUUUUCUACCCAUGGCAUUACCGCCUAAUUCUUGUUUCGAAACUGCAUUUACAUCAGAUAGCCCUAUAACUCGUAUUGUACCGCAGCGUAGUGUAGAUACUUUACAUUUUUCGCUGCAUGGGCAAGAAGGUAAAAAUGUUCCACCAAAGAGAAUAUCAAGUGCUCCAGAUCUUAGUGAGCCAUUACCAAACGCGCAAGCAGCUCAGAAAAGAAACGUUCAAUCCGGAACAAAACGUCAAAUGAUUGGAAGGAGGCACGCAGUAAAAUUGGCUAGCCGGAAAGCUGGACGAAGAGUGAGAAUAGGAGUGGAGGAAGACACAAAGCUGUACCACUUUCGUAAUAAGUCGGGUGGUUAUGUGAACCCAGCUCUGUCUCAGUCCAAUGAUGAGAUUGUUGAUACUGAAGACUUUGCAGAGACAGCCAAGGUUCGGUCACAUUACAACCUUGAACCUGAACAAGAACUUGAUUAUGUUGCAGCUUUGGAAAGCUUGAAUAGUUUAAUGAGAUGCAGUCGUCGUGAUAAUCCACCUGUUUCUAUUGGCCGACAAGGUACAGACGCAGAAUCUGACAUAGACCAGCCUGGAAAUCAGAGCAGCGAGAGUAGUUCGUACUACACUGCCGCAUCCAGCUCCAGUUCAGAAGCUAGUUCACGACGAAGUAGCAGAGUGCUGGCUGACAGCUUGGAAAAUGUUAAUACAGGUGGAGUAGUGCAUAUGAACUUUGGGGAAAAUGGGGAGAAAUUGAUGGUUACCGUCACACAACUUUUGCUUUUGUGCAUUCCCGUGUACAACCGCAUUCAACUUCGGUAUCUUCUGCAUUUCAUGAAUCAAUGGAAUUUGCACCGUUCUCUCUGUGUUCAGACAGAUGUUGUAGAUAUAUUCACACCUACAAUUUUACGCAGUGAACGUGAAGCCGAUUUUGAUAUCUCUUUGGCACGCAGAAUUGUGUAUUUCCUCAUGUCUCACCAUGAGUUGGUACUCAGCAUACCAAGUGACUUGGCAACUGAAGUUCAGUUUAUUGUAUCCAGACAACAAACAGACAGUGAAAAUUGUAAAAGUGGCAGUGUGACAUAUUGCCAGCAAGUGUCUAGCCGGCAGUUUGAACAUCAGAGACUCACGGGUUCACAACUUGCUCUCUCGGAGUUGCUUGAACAAAUACUUUCAGACUGCAAGAUGGCUCCUAAGGAGAAAAGGAAACGUUUAAAAAUGUUUCAAGAAUCGUAUCCGCAUAUUUACAGCCGCCGUUUUCCUGAUUGUACGGUACAGGAUAAAGCUUCGAAGAAGCAGUCACGAGGACUUCUCAAUUUAGCAACCUUGUCACGUCUAAAGAGUAUGCGAGUAUGAAAAACCACCAGUCAGAACUAUUUCUAUUAAUUUAAUUAAAAUGGUAUAAUUUUAUACUGAUGAAUGAUAAAGUAGAUGGUAACAGGAGUUCACACUGAAUUUUUUUUUGUAAAGUUUGCAGAUUUACUAACAUCUUAAGAAGAUCCACUUAUAAACAUUUCUCUUUUAAUAAGUUUAUAUUUUAAGGUUCAUCUCUGGGAGGUCCCACGUUAAAAUCUUGGCCCAAAGGGCACAUAUCCCGACUCAGGCUUUUCAUGAUUUUUCUCAGUCCUUCCAUUCAAAUUUCAGGAUAGUACCUUAAAUUAGAUCAUGACCGCUUCCUGCCACAUCCUUUUCAAUUCAUAAUUCACUAUUAUCCUCUCAUUUGACACUGAAAAAGCAUUCUUAAAUAAACUAUAAAUAAAUAUUUAAGUUUCUUUCCUUUAAAAGAAGCUGGUUCCUUCAGAAGCAUAUCCAGGUGACAGGUUUUUGAGGUAUACUUUACGCAAAGUAAGAAAUUAAUAAUGCCUUUGAAAUUCCCCCAUCUCGUGUCUUUCAAUAGAUUGAAUAUUUCUCACAUUUGUGUAUAAAAAAAACCCUUGAAAAUUAAUUUGACCAAUCAUGUCGAAUAUCACUGGUUGUGUGGUCUAAGUCGUGGGUCUUGUGGUGACGUGAAUACUGGGAUUGUGGGUUCAGAUCCCACUCAAAUCAUGAAUGUUUCUGUGUUAUAUUGUCCUGUGUAGGUAGAAGCUUCGUGAUGGACCGACACCAUGACACGGAGCCCUGGCUGAAAUUGUUACGCAGAAAAAUCAUGUAAUAUUUGAAGUUACAGGCUCGACCUCUCUUUUACUGCUUGUGUUUGAACGGUUGGGUCUGCAAAGGGCUUAUAUAUAUAUUGCCACCCACAGGAAAAACAAAUAUUUGUAAGAAUUUCUUUAUUGAAUUUUCAUCAUAAGAACAUGAAACCACAUGGUUUUUUCCUAGAAAAAAAGGAAAGGAUAUUACACCAUGUCUUGCAUGAUUAAGAAAAAUUAAGUUAGUAUUUUCUUAUGUUAAUCAUCAUCAUUUAAUGAUUGAAAUAAAAAUUUGUAUUCACA